AUGACGAGCUCUCUGGAUUACAAUGGCAACCACCUUACCAUCACUGUUGCAAUAUUCUUGAGUCUUACCUACAUUUCAGUCCUCCUACGAUGCUAUGUCCGAGUUAGAAUAACAAGAGCCUUCCAACUGGACGAUUGGCUUAUGCUAGCGUCACUCGCUGUCUUUAAGUGUUCUUGCGCUUUCAUUCUUCGAGGCGUUCAUUAUGGCAUUGGCAAACACAAUGCUGUCCUCUCACAGGAUAAUCAAAUAGAAUCCCUGAAGUAUCAAGCCUUCGCUACUCUCUCCUACGUCGUCAAUAUGAUGUUCAUCAAACUGAGCAUUGCCAUCUUCCUGCUUCGUAUCGCUAUCGCGCGCCCUUACAUCUGGAUUCUGCGAAUUAGUAUGGCCGUGGUGGUAAUCUGGUCCCUGGCAAUUUUCAUCUACGACCUUUUUCAGUGUCUCCCGGUUCAAGCUCAGUGGGAUUUCGCUAUCGAGAAUGCGAGAUGCGUAUCUGGCGAUUCGUUCGCAGCUGCUGCAUACUCUAUAUCGGUGAUGACGAUCCUGACGGAUUGGCUGUACGCUUUGCUACCGAUACCGAUGAUUUGGUCUGUUCAGAUGAGCAUCCAAGCGAAGGCAACGGUGGCUUUUAUUCUUUUGCUUGGUAUAUUUGCAAGUAUUGCUACUCUAAUUCGUUUGAAAUACAUUGUCGACCUCACUAAUGUCUCCGACGUUCUCUACACAGGAACAACAGCCAUGGUAUGGACCCUCAUCGAACCUGGGAUAGCUAUCACCGCUGCCUCGUUGGUCACAAUUCGACCUCUGCUCCGCGCCCUCAACCUUUCCGGUUUCUCCAGUGAUCACUCCACGCAUGCUUACUAACGCUCUAUUUCUCGACAUCAGAAUAUAUCCCUCCGCAACGACAUUGAAGACGGGCAUUGGACUGCAAACACCAUUUCCAGCCGUGGCACAGAACUGAAGAAUACCCUUUCCAGGAAUCCUCUCGACAGGUUCAAAAGUAGGGGUAGUGGUCCCGUAACGCAAGAUAUCAGGGAGUUGAGAGGAGAUGCUGAUGCGGAUGGUGAGGAAUAUAUACUGGAGGGGAUUGGUGUGGCAAUCAGGAGGACUGUCGAUGCUCGUAUCGAGCAUGAUCGAGUGAGCAAGAUGAGAGCACCGAAUGAAUGACCGUUUAUCAAAUG